UAACAGCAGACUCGAAUCAGCUGACAGCGUCAAGAGGUCGCAUUUAGUUUUGAUAAAAAUUACGUAAAAUAAAAACACAAAUCCGCAAUUCUUGUUGUUGGGGGACUUCUCUGGCCACCGCUGGGCAUUCGACUGCUUGAAGCGUAAUCAGCUAUGUUCAGGUUCGCAAUCAAGGUAGGCCUCGCCGGUGGUGCCGUCUACUACAGCAAGCAGGAAGGCAUUUGGGAGGAAAAUACCGAAAAGGUGUACGAACGAUACGGGACCGCCCUUAAGCCGCACCUGGAAUCGGUUAAGAAACAGAUUCCUUUGGAUAUACCGGCCCUUCCUUCCAGCGGAGAGCUAUGCUUCGUGACGAAACAUUACUACAAUGAGGGGGUCAAAAGUACGAUCCGCUUCAUCCAUAUGCUUCCCUGCUACGCGGGACAAUUAGCGAAGAAGGGUUCCGAUGCCAUCAAACAGGCAAUGGAUGCACAGCCAGCCCAGAAAGAUGUACCAGCGGCACCCGCAGCAGCGACACCGGCAAAGAAAUAGGAACGUUACCAGUGCCGAGCGGGUAUACCGAGCGUAUUAACUGUUGAUUGCAUGAAAUAAAGAAGCGGGUUGUAAUCGAAUUUGCUGCGUUGCGCUAACGAUUCACAUCUAACAA